UGGUACUGCGUCCAGUGGUCGGCCACUAGCCAGUCAGUCCGUCUCCAGAUCUCAGCCGAUGUGAUCGCCCCAGCUGAACUGUCGAUGUCGAUAUCGUGUCGCUCGUCCGUGCGGACCAGUUAUUAUUGCGGACUGUUUACACGUGGUUGGUUUUGUGUAAACAGUGUUUCAGUUCCACAACGUGUAUGGGUAAACAACGCUUGAGGCAUGACGUCACGGUGAUAUUUCGAUGAAAUAAAUGGGUAUACCGUAUUGUGCAACGCUUCGAAAAAUUAUAGCGAAUAAAUAAAUUAAAACAAUGAAAGGCCAUAUAUCUGUGCAACCGAUCUUGUUCCUGGUGCUGUUGGCAAUGUCAGGAAGGGUGACGAGUGAAAAUUCUUCUAAAGUUACGACCCUUUCUCCAACAACAGCUACUGACCUCACCACCAACACUACCACCACCACCACUUCGCCCCUCCACAAAAUCUGCUCAGACGACAUUGACAUCCGCAAUCACGUGUCUCUCUUCAGGAAACUGAAGAACUGUGGCGUCGUCGACGGUUAUCUCCAGAUUGUACUGAUUGAACACGCAAACGAUACCGACUUCGAAGACCUAUCGUUCCCAGACUUGCGUGAGAUCACCAAGUAUCUGCUCUUCUAUCGUGUCUCGGGACUGCGCAGUAUUGGAAAACUGUUUCCCAACUUGGCGUUGAUCCGUGGCAACGCCCUGUUCGAGGACUACGCCUUCAUCAUCUUCGAUAUGUUCCACCUAGAGGAGGUCGGCCUCAGCAGACUCUCAGAGAUAUCGCGUGGUGCAGUCCGCAUCGAGAAGAAUCCAAAUCUGUGUUUCUUGGAUACAAUAAACUGGCAGCUGAUAGCCAAAUGGGAUUUGGAAAAGAACUACGUCUCUACCCGUCAGCAACCGGCGGAUUGCCCCACCUCUACUGUCUGCCGCCAGGCUGGCUGUCCUCUGGAUUUAUGCUGGAACAGUGACUUUUGUCAGAUCCCGAAUAAUAACACCUAUAAUAACUGUGACUCCCAGUGCCUGGGGGGCUGCUAUGGUCCUGGUCCCAAGGCUUGUCAUUCCUGUCGCAACUACCUCACACUUGGCAAUGAGUGCGUUCAAACCUGUCCGAACAAUACGUAUCUCCUCCUGAACCGCCGAUGUGUCAGUAAGGAGUAUUGCUUUAAAUUGAAAGACAGCAGUAAUGAACUCACAAAGAACCUUCACUAUGUGAUAUUCAAUGGUUCCUGUAUUGCAAAUUGCCCCCCUGCCUAUGAAAUGACAACUGACAAGGAAAGCUGUAAAAAAUGUCCAGAAGGUAAAUGUAAAAAGACCUGUCCAGGAUUCAAUAUUGUCAGCAUCAGUGGAGCACAGAACCUUAGAGGCUGUACUUUCAUUAAUGGCUCAUUAGAAAUCUCUAUUAGAAAGGGAAAACAUCAAACAAUAGCGCAUGAGCUGGAGGAAAGUUUUAAGUUGAUAGAGGGAAUCAGAGGGUGUUUGAAAGUAUCCAGAAGUUUUCCUUUAGUGAAUCUUAAGUUUUUAAGAAGUUUAGAGACUAUUCAUGGAGAAACAGACUUAUUGGAAAACGGCAAAUAUUCUUUGAUCAUCUUAGAUAAUCAAAAUCUACAGGAAUUAUGGGACAUAAAAAGUACGUUCAGAAUUAAGAACGGUAGACUGUUUUUUCAUUAUAACCCAAAAUUGUGCCACCAUUAUAUUGAAACACUGAUUGCUCGAUCAAAUGUUACAAAUAUCACCAGUUAUGAAAUCGACCAAGAGUCGAAUGGAGAUAAGUUUGCUUGCAAUACAACCCGAGUGGACUUGAUAUUUACUGAAAUAACUUCAAAAUCCGUUUUGAUCAAUAUCGUAUUGCCUAAUUCAACAAUUCCUCGACCCAGCCUGCACCGAUUUGCUGUGCAUUUCACUGAAUCAGAAAGCACAAAUUUGACAGUGUUCCAGGAGGAACCCAAUGAGUGUGUAGAAAGUAGGUGGAGAGUUCGAGAUAUUAUACUGGAAUCUGGACAAUACAUAUCUACUAUACAGACUCAUCUGCAGCCAUAUACUCAAUAUGCCUUCUAUGUAAAAACUUACUCGGUUCAUAGCACUAUGGGAGAGAGCCCCAUCUACUAUGUUCGCACCAGGCCCUCCAAGCCAUCUGAAAUGACACUGACUCUUGCAUACUCCAAUGAGAGUUCCACCAUCGUUCUACAGUGGGAACCGCCUCGACAUCCCAAUGGUCUCCUCUCAGAUUAUAUAGUGACAGGCUUCUUGCAGAAAGAUGACCGAGCACUGUUGGACCAGCGAGACUACUGCAAGCACCCUCUGGAAGAAGAACCUCCAGAAGAUCUGCCACUAGACAUCCUUACAAAUAUAGAGAAUGAAACAGAGAGUUGCUGCUACAAGAACCAGAUAACCUACAGACCCAAGGGCGAGUUUGGUACUUUAUGUGAUAAUUCCAGACAGGGACUUCUACCCAUAGAUUUAUCUCAGGAGGACAGUAGCAUCACCUGUAAUAAAUAUUUUUACGAAAGUAUCUAUGAAAGUUCUUUGAUUAUGGACAACCCUAAGACACUAAAGAAUGAUACGAGUACAGCUGCAAAGAAUAAAUUUCAAAAAAGGGACAAAUCCACUAAAAGCCAAGUACAUGCGGAAGAAGACAAACUAAAAACGGCUGGUAAACAGUUUCCAAAUGCUCACUGGAAAGAGGAUUUAAGUUUUAGUGAGAUGGCAAGGAAUGACUCAAAUGGUUAUGUAAUCAAUAACCUUCAUCAUUUUUCUAAGUAUACUGUGAUGGUAAGAGUUUGUAGAGAAAGAUUCAUGGAUGAAAAGAUUGAUUAUGAGAACAGAUGCAGUAAGCAUGAAAUAGUAACCGUUCGCACACUCAAGAAAGAUGACGCCGACAUAAUUGACAGCAAUGGAAUAAGUCAUGAAGUAACAAAUGAGGAUGGCAACAUAGUUAUGAUCUCAUGGGAAGAACCUGAAGAUCCAAAUGGAAUAAUUGUAUCAUUUCAAAUAGAACAUAGGCGAAGUGACUUACAGAAUGCCAAAGCAAUUACUGAAUGUCUAACUCAUGAAAAUUAUAUUAAAAAUGGUAAAAAAUACUAUCUAAGGGGUCUACAUCCAGGAAAGUAUGUUUAUAGAUUGAGAACAGUGUCUCUAGCUGGUCCUGGCACAUUUACUGAUCUAUUUGAGUUUGAAAUAGAAUCAAGUAAACAUGGUUACUAUUACACUUUAAUAAUUUUAAUUACAGUUGUAAUUUUAUUAGCAGGAACCGGUGGUUUCUAUUACAUAAUGGUUAGAAAACAACCAACAAUGGAUUUGGACAAAUUAUUGGCAUCUGCUGGUUCUGAGCACACCUUAUCGUCACCACCAGACGUAGAGGACUCUUGGGAAAUUGAAAGAGAAAAUAUUCAGAUCGUCAAAGAGAUUGGAAAAGGAUCAUUUGGGAAGGUUUAUGAAGGUGUUCUUCAUCCAGAAAAGGUACCUUGUGCUGUAAAAACUGUGACUGAUACUGAUCAUACUUCAGCUUUCUGGAACGAGAUUACAGUAAUGAAGCGAGCGGCAGGAGUUCCCCACAUUGUACAGCUACUGGGGAUAAUUUCCCGGGCCAGUCCUCCAGUCGUUGUGAUGGAACUUCUGGCUCUGGGCGACCUUAAGUCCUUUCUCAGGUCUACCAGAGCAGCACCACCUUUGAAACCCACUCUUUUGCGGAUGGCUGCACAAGUCGCUGACGCAAUGGUUUUCAUGGAGAUGAAUAGAUUUGUGCAUCGUGACUUAGCCGCAAGGAAUUGCAUGGUGCACGAGGAUCAUACAGUGAAAGUUGGUGAUUUUGGUCUGACCAGGGACGUGUAUACAACUGACUAUUAUAAAAAAAGUGACAAUGAACUGCUACCAAUACGAUGGAUGGCACCUGAGAGUUUACGAGAUGGCGUGUUCACAAGUCGGUCGGAUGUUUGGAGCUACGGGGUGGUAUUAUGGGAGAUAGCCACCCUAGCCGAGCAGCCGUACCAGGGCAUGAGCAAUGAACAAGUUCUGAUAGACGUUAUUGACGGAAAAACACUAGUCCCCCCCGAGUCCUGCUCACAAUUGUUUAAGACGACAAUGACUCUCUGCUGGAGCAAGAACCCUGCUCUCCGGCCGAGCUUCCGUCGGGUGAUGACAAAGUUAGAAAAAAACAUUGAUGCAAUGUUCAAGUGUACAUCAUACUAUCAUACAACCGUCGUUGCUGGUGAGAGUAGUGAUGAUAUAAUAGUCUGUGAAUCUGAUGAGCCACAAGUGUCACUUAUAUUUUGACUUUUUAUUUUGUUCCAACAAAUUGUGCCUCGGAAUGUUGCCAGGGAAGAAGUAAACAAGUUGAUAAAGUACUUGCAAGCAUUUUCAGGCUGUUGGUUGACUGUUUAAAACAUCUGAGUCGGCAACAAUAGCUUUUCAAUGUGAAAACAUUGACAAUUAACAGAGAGAAUAAAAGACUGAUGCGCUAGUUCAUAGCAAAAACUAUUCUUUUAACUUUUAAAAUUUUAUACUAUCUAGAUCAAUUAAUGACAAUUACAUUACAUUGUAAACAAAAUAUAGACUAGUACAAAGAAAUCUAUCUGCCAAAACAACAGAUAUUUAAUGCUUUACAUUUCUUGAGUUCUUGUCUAUUAAAUUUCAUAAAAUUUCCCGCAUUUUAGUAAAUAGACAGUUGCUUUGAAAUUUAAACCAUUUAACAUUUACAUUUCAGUUAGAAACAUUUAAGAUAAGUAAUUUGAUCUUUAUGGGAAGAAGACAACUAUUCAAGUAAUUUAUAAUUCAGAAUUUAUAAGUUUUUUUCUUCAUUCAAUGGUAACCUUGGAUCUUAAGAAAUAAAAUAAUUUGAAAUAUUUAAGAGAUUAAUUUGUUUUCAUGAAAGAUUUUUGUAAAAAUGUGCAAUAGACACAUUGAUAUAAGUAUUAUUAUUAUUAAGUAUUAAUGAUAGAUUGAAAUGAACAGUACUGCAAUUUUAUUGGCUAUUGGAAUCAUAAUUUAAUUUUUUCUUAAAGUUUGUUUAAUACACCUGAGAAUGAUUGCAUAGCAAAUUAGAAACAAAUAUACAGGCAGGAACUACUCAGAAAUAUUUUUUAACGAUAAAACAUUAAUUUUAGAAUUCUCAACAAUAAGAGCUUAGCUGUAUCAACCUCAAUCAUUCUACUUUAAUAGUUUACAACCACACGUAAACAUAAUGUAUAAUUAAGUGCCUUUGUAGCUGUGAAUACAAUUUGAUACAGUAAUCAGUUUCAACUUAUAUAUUGUCUUAUUUAUGUUUGUUAAUAAAUAUCUGUAUGAAUAUGUAAUUUUCACUUGUUAAAAAAAUUAAAUUAUGAAUUUUA